GAGAUCCCAGCCUCAAACCCAGAGACAGGCUGCUCUCGACAACCAAUCGGAGGACCUUCCCACCCCCUUACUGUCCAAUCAAACGCAAGCGUCCGGCGGAGGCCUGCGGAAAUGGCCAAUCAGUGGAGACAUGUGGAGCCAAAGUCAGGGGGGAAGAUCCUGUCAGUAGCACGGGUCCAAUUGGAGCAGACUCGAUCCGUGGAGCAGGGACUUCGAUCAAGUGUGACCAUUCACCAGGCACCCUGGAUCCUGUCCCAGACCAGCCCCUCGCCCUCAUCAAGAAACGGCCCUUCAGCAACAGACCAACCUCUGACCACUCGAGAUUACGGCCCCCCACCCUACUUCAACAGGAGCAGCGCGGGACCUUUCCUGUGACUCCGUGGUGGACGAGCAUUUCCGUCGGAGCCUGGGCUGGGACUUCGGAACCCAUUCUCUCGCCCCCAGCUCCAUCUCCGUCUCUGGCUCUGUCGAUGAACAUUUUGCCAAAGCUCUGGGCGAGACGUGGCAUUGGCUGCAGGGUGUGGGUGACUCUGAAGAAACGUCCUGCCAGCAAGAGGGGGCUCUGGCACAGGAGCCAUCCGGCCUUUCGUAGACGGGCCCACGUGUAUGUGUGUGGGCCGGCUUCGAGCAAAUAGGAUUUAGGAAUUUCGCACAGCAAGAUCCCACAGCCUCUCCAUUGCUUGGGACAGAUUUGCGUCUGUUCUCCUGUCUCUCUCCGCUCAACCAAAGUCAAUAGUUGUCACGCUCAAAGCAGUGGAUUACAUGUCAUGACUCCCUUCUCCGUGGCCCAUGUUUCUCAUUGCGAAUGCUUGGCUGAGCGUCAAUCGCUUGUACGGGUGCGGCUCCCACAACACAAGAGAAGUUCGACCCUGCCUAGGACAAAGCAGCCCCCAGCUCCAUCGACACGCUACAAAACACACCCACCCCCCCCACCUUCGACUCUCACUCCCUCCACCACUGGCGCAGAUGGUCCUGAUGAGGAAUGCUUGGCUGAGCUCCAAACGUUCACAACUAACAGCAGCAGUGUUUACCGACUACGAGACACACUGCAGCGACUCGCCCAGGCUCCUGCGACAGUACCUUCCAAACCCGACACCCUCUACCUUCCCACGAGGCCGAAGGCAGUUAGAAUUUUCAUCUGUCUUUCCAAAUCUGUUCAGCCCCUCCACCCCCUCCCUAUCUCUGUCAUCUCCUCCAGCCCCUGCACCCCCAUCACCCCCAUCCUUAGCUGUCACCCACUCCCCAUCUCUGUCUUUCCAAUUCUAUUGAGCCCGACUCCCCUCUCCCUAUCUCUGUCACCCCCACCAGCCCCCUCCCUAUCUCUGUCACCAGACUGACACAGGCCUCUGAUCCCAUUCGUUUCCAAACACAAACCCGCUCUCCUACUUGCGCCUGUACUUUUAAACACCCCAUAAUAGUCACCAAGACAGAGGGAAGUGUUCAUUUUUAAAAAAAAACGUCAAUCUGUUCAGACAUGUGAUGGGAAAAUUCUGGUGUGCUGUCUCUAUCCUACAUCCCCAGGCACACGACCACUGACUGUGAGGCCUGAGGAGCCCCAAAGGAUUUGUGAGACAGUUACAAUUAUAGUUUAUGUGAUUAAAGCAUAUUCUUUUCCAGACAA